GUAUCGCGAGCACUGGCGCGAAAGCAUGCGGCGCGAGUCUCGUCGAGUACUUUCGUUUCGCGCGUCGAGCAACACGCUCACUCGCGCUCGCGGCGCAUCGCACGUCGCACGUCGUCGUCCACGAGUCGUCCACGCGACCAGCUCCGAUUGAUUCGUCGCGCGUCGUCUCCCGCUCGAACGUCGCGGAUCGAUUCUCCGCGGGGAUUCGUCAACGUCGUCGUCGUCGUCGUCGUCGUCGUCUUCGUCUUCGUCUUCGUCUUCGUCUUCAUCGUCACCCGUCGAGAUUUAUCUACGAGCACUUGCGAGAAGGGAUUCGCGAAGGGAUAACGAUUCGCUGGAUCGCACGAGGUGCGGUAGAUCCAAUUAUUGAAGCCGACGUUCGCCCGCUCCGUCGGCUGAAUUCCUCCUCGCAGCGACCCGGCGGAAAUACUAGGACUUCGCAGUAGACAUGAUCGAAUGAUGGAGGUGAUUUCGACACGCCGAUACGAGGCCCGUCCACCAGCGAACACCCACUCCUCCAUUCUCGUUGACCCUGAGAACUCCGUGGCAUUAAUCAAAGAAGAGGAAUGGGAGACUCGCAAGAAGAAGGAGAUCACCACCACCCGGCAGAUCGAGACCAGGGUGAAGCGGCAGGUCGUCCUCGAGGACGGCGAGGUCGUUGUGGACUCCGGGCCUCUCGUCACCACGAACACGACCGAGGAUGUUGAACAGCAGGAGCAUACAACGCAGGAGAGACGCACGACCGGGGAUCAGCCGCAGGAGGUCGACUGGCCGGCGGCAGGUGGUAUUGCGACCGGAAAUGGCGGCAACAUCGUGCAAAAGGAGCUGAACGAGACGGUGGUGAGGAGCCGCGAGGAGAUCGAGGAGAGGCUCGAGACGGAGGAUCGUCAACAGUUGGGAGAUAUCUCGGACGAGGCAUACCAGAAGGCGGUGCGCAGCAACAGAGGCGACUUACGAGUCGCUCUUGCAGAAUCCUCGAAACAGUUGGCGCCGCAGUCCGGUCCGCGGGUCAUUCAGCACACGACUAGGUCAAACAAGGUCAUCGACACGGAGAAGACCUUGGAGAAAAAGGAACUGAAGGCUGACGGGCUAAUCGUUACCGAGAAGAAGCGCACGGUCGAGCACGAAGAGAUUAACGACGACGAGGUCCCGGACGACGGGCUGAACGACGACGAGGCCUCCGAGACGAAGAAGGAGAGCUCCCAGAGGUACGUCAAGAAGAGAGAAGAAGACGUGGUGGACUACAUCUCGGCCGGCGAGAGAGUCGGCCGAGAAAUGCGCUACGUCGCAGAGACAACCGAAGGAGAACGAGUAGGCGACUGGUCACCAUCAUCGACGGGCAUGCGGACGACUCGUCUUCACAAAUAUCCCGGUUUUCCGGAUAGUACAUCCGCCGCCCGGAAAGAUGCCCUGACGAAGAAGCCAUUGGACCUGGAGGAGGAGGACGAAGCGAGAAAAUUCGAAACGUCCAAAUGGCUGGAGAGCCACUUCGGCAGCGACUCGCGUUCCUCCCACGGGUCUGUCGACGCCGACGACUCGCCUCUUCCAGCUAGCACGAAUACGAGCUACAUCAAUGUCACCAUGAAGUCCUGCGCGCCCAAGGAACGGGAGUACCAGAAUGUAAGUUCCAGCCGCCAUCAACGACGUGCCACCGGCCGAGACUCCGAGUCGCCGUCGGGAUAUUUUCAUGGGAUCAGCGAGUGGUCGGAACGGUACCAAGGAAGAGAAAAGCAGAAUCACGCACGAUCGAGCUCUCCGGCGCGGUAUGCAGAGUUCCCCCGUGCAAACGGACAUACCCAUGGGCACAAGAGAAAUCAAGUUGAGUCCUCGUACGCGAAAACUUACGAAACAUUCCGGCGCGAGUACCAGGAGCCCGUCGAGGAGCGGCAGUGCACGCCUUCGCCACCGAUGCGUCGGAGAUCGAAGGAGCAAUGGGCGAAAUCCGAGGAGAAGAUCAGCCUGAACGAGCCGCCGGCCGAGCGUCGCACCGCUAGCCCGGUGCACGUGGUGCAGAGAACGUGGGAGAGCCGGAGCCGCGACGUAGGAGGCCAAAGCCCCGAGUGCGACAACCACAAAGACAACUCGCCGCGAUCGCGAUCGAUCUCGCCAAAGUCGCCACCACCGCCGAUUAGUCGCGACGAGAAGAAGCUGAGCACUUCGAGCGUUCCGCGAGUGUCGAAGAGUAGCGGUUACUCCAAGUACAAGAUCGGCGAGUCUUUCCGCAAGCUGGUGGGCAAGCUGCGCUCGGCCAGCGUAGAGAGGAAGAACAAGCGCGCGAGCAGCGGCUCGACCUCGCAGUUGACGCAGACCGACGACAACGGGCCGACGUACAUGCAGUACAACGUGAUCGACCGGAACAUACCUCUCGUGAGCGAAAAGGACAUGGCGGAGGAAAAGCCGCCGGAAAGGCCGCCGCGCAACGCCGGGGCGUCAGGUAGCAACAAGCAAGCCGGCAAGACCGUCAGGGCGACCGAUCACGCGGUGGUUCAAGAACAAUGGCAACGUAGCGAGUCCACGCCACCGUUGCAGAGGUACUACCUGGGCGAGGACCCCUUCGGCGGCAGCAUCUACGGCCGCGAGAAAGGAUACGAGGAUGGCAGAGACCGGCGACACUUUAGACUGCGUAAAAUUGCCAUAGAUCCUGAGCACAGCGUUACCUCCAGCUCGCUCGGCAGGUUUAGCAAGUCCACUGGCAAACUGGCGGCCGGCGAUCACGAGAGAGAGGAGCACUUCCGGUCCACGCAGACCUUGCCGCGGAAUCUGCACUCCGGGCAGUCGGUUCGCUCACAGACGACCACCGCAACUUGCACGACGACGACGAGCAGGCGACGCGACCACCAGCACCACGCGAACAUCAGUAGGCACGGCACGCCUGGUAAGGCCGGCCAGCACGGCAGCAUGAUCAACAUAUCAAUCAAGAACACGGUCACGUCGUCGCCCAAGGUCGCCGCGUACAGCACCCUCCAAGCGCCCCCGAAACCCGAGCGGAUAUAUCGCUCUUCGUUAUCGCGUAGCAAGAGUUUCAACGUCGAGGCCGACAAGAACGGCGUGGAGGCGACGCCGCCGGCGCGGGCCCCGUACACCUCCAAUCUCCACCUCAACCGCUUGAACGAGACACCGCCGCUCAAGAGUCCAGGCAUCCUCGCCAGCAUUAGUCGCAGCAACAGGGAUCUCCUAAGAGACGGUAAAUACUGACUCGUGGGUGGACCCGGAGCGCCUCGGAGACGGCGAAGCGCGUCCUUCGUUCUCCUCUGAGGACGUAUGCACGCCGAGCCCACUUCCUGCUUCAAGUACUGCGAGCGGUUUAUAAGUGUGUGCAAAAGAGAGAAGCUACCCGUCUGAUUUAGCAUAAAUGAGUGAACGUUUCUCUUUCUGUCCUCUUCGUCUUUGGGAUAUGUCUUACGUGCGUUAUUUGCGUUUUAGUAGGCGUACACCCUCGGACGGACGUGGUACUCGUCGGUCAUCGGUAGGUCAUUGGUCUUCGUGACAGGGAAGAUCAGAUCGUCUCUCAUUUGGUCGCAUAACGCGCACGGUGUCUCGUGUCCGUCGUAUUUCCCGUCAUCGGAAUAUUCGUCAAGUAAUUUGAACAAGCCGAGCUUGUCCUUUUCAUUGGACGCGAUAGUCGAUCACGAUCGCGGAAGCGAUCAUGAGGAGAAAUAUUGAGCACUUGAGACACCCUGUAUAUGCGACAACGUAAUCGCUAAAGAGAACAAGUGAAUGAACACCCAGAUCCUCCAGUUUGGAUGUGACGUUAUUAUUUAUGUUCUCGUUAUGUUAGUCCGUGAUAACAUGAUUAAAUUACAUCUCUG